CCUGAUGCACGCCGUUACCUCCUGCGAGCAGCGUCCGCCGCCUGCUAGUGGUUGGUGGCGAUAGAGAUGCCCCUCUUUUUUCAGGCGAGAAGACGGCAGCGGAGAUCUGGGGCUCACCUUCUGGAGUUGUUCUCUACGUCCUGUGUAUGCGCUGUGGUAGUACGGUUGCUCCACCACCGCCAGUUGAAGGACUCAUGCACUGAGCGUAGGACCAACAAGCGAUUGACGGCGUGGAUGAUGUUGACCACCGCACCGAGGCGCAUGAUGGCUCGGCAAGCUGCGACGAGGUCGAGCGGCUCGUCGGCGAGCGUGGGGUGCAGGAGGGAGCGGGAGCAUGGGGAGGAAUACUCUCUUUGCCAAAUGCUCAUACUUGCAUCCUACCGCCGGUCGUCUCCACCAUCGUGCGACAGUUUCGCCUUUCAUGGGGUUGCAUGGCUUCUCUCCCUGAGAUCUCACUGCCGACCCACGCAGUGGCGAGUAGCGUCUUGUUGGCCGCACCCUAGGGUUGGUGGAGCCUCCCAUCGGCCAUCUCCACCAUCGCACGACGACUUCACCUUUCCUGGGGUCCGCAUAGCUUCUCUCCAUGAGAUCUUGUCGCCACUGUUCUCAACCGCCGCAACAGGGAGUACGGGAGCGAUGGAAUAGAGCUAGGGUUUUGGGGUGGGGUGGGCGACAGCUUGCCAAAGAUGGUCAGUGCGUUUUUUUGGUGUCGAAAGGGAGAGGGGGAGUGGGGAGGGUAACCAACCACGGAGACAAAGACGACGGCGGUGGCGAACAGCGAGCUGGCGAGCCCCUCUUACAGGCCGACGGCGACGGCGAGCGCUGUGACGGUGGCCGAGUGCGAGGACGGCAUCCCACCGGAGCCCACCAGCUGCUUCGCAUCCCACCGGUUCUCCU